AUGGAAAAGUUUGUAGAAAGGAAAAAAGACAUUAAUUAUGGGUAAGAAAACUUUUUUAUUCUGUUUUAAACACAUAACUACGUAAAGUAAUGUUAAAGUCUGAUUUUGAGAAAAGUUUUAGAAGGAAACGAAAGUCAAUAUCUUUAAAACAAUCUCAAGCACCAAAUUACUCUGAACUAAUGAUGAAUGGAGCUAAAAUUUUGUUGCCAGAAGGUCUUACACCUUAUUCUACGCAGAAGUUAAUGAUUAUUAAGGUGUUGAUGGCUUUACGACAACAAACGAAUGCUUUGGUGGAAAGUCCAACUGGCAGUGGUAAGAUUAUUGUUUUUUCUUUGUUUUUAGAUUCAUAUUUUACUGCUUUAUUAAUUGUGUGGUUUUUAACAACUAAAAGUUAGAAGGUACACUUGACCUUGUUAAUGACCAAGAUUAUGAACUUAUUUUGCCUCUAAUAAAGUUGUUUAUAGGUAAAACGUUAGCGCUGUUAGCAUCAGUAGGAGCUUGGUUAGUAGACUACAAGAAUAAGCGAAGAGCGGCCAAGUUAGAAUGUCCUAAACAUGGUAUGAACUUGGAUAAAGAAGAGAAACCGACUGUUUCACCUAUUAACAAGAAGAAUAAGAUGAACGAAACUGGUGAAAGUAUAAACACAGAUGCAAAUGGUACUUUGGUUGAUGGAGAAGAAAGUGCUAUCUAUUUGGAUGAAAGUGCUAUGAAUGACAGUGAGUUAUAAAGCCUUCUGUCUGGUUAUUUUAUAUGCUAUAGUGUAGGACGAGCGAUGAUUUAUUCAACUUACUGUGAAUUUUCGUAGCGCGACAUUUGGGGAAAUUGACAAAUGGGGAAACGACGAAUGGGGAAAACGACAUAAGGGGAAGCUAUAUAAAAAAAUAAAAAAAAAUUGUUUUUACUUUACCCGACUCUGCUCUUGACCCCUUUAGCUCUACCUGACCCCAUCGUGACCUUUUAGCCGGACAGCCGGAAUUUUAAACUUUUUUGUUGUUUUGUUUGUUCUACUUCAGGGUUUAAUGAUUUUAAUGCAUUUUUAGUUGCGGGCGAGUUCAAUUCAAAUUCUGACGAGAUGCUGGACGAUUCUUCGUAUCCAAUGUUUGGCAAAGAGAGUGCGGAAGAAGUUCAAGAAGAAAAAGAUGCCAAUGAAGGUUGUACGUGCCCUCCGUAAGUUCUCUCUUUCAUUGUUGUUGUUUUAGGUAAUAAAAAGCCAUUUAUUUCAUAAGCGACAUCAUGUUCCGCUUUUCUCGGUCAUGUUUUGCUAUAGUCGGUUUUUGGGCAAAGUAAAAUAAAGUUUAUACUUAUUUUUUUGUUAAAAUUGAUUUUUAAAUUUAUAUUUUACAACUAACUAAUCUUUUUACGUUUUUUAGAGUUGUAAGAAUAUAUUAUUGUACCCGAACACACAAGCAAAUAGCACAAGUUGUUAAAGAGUAUUCAAGGUUACCUUAUGCUUUUACUGGAAUGUUAAAGUAUGUUUUACUUUAAAACAUAUUAUCAGAAUGCAUUAGAAUGUCAUGUUUAAAGGAUGCUUUUAUUUUUUUUAUUGUACAAUACGUGAAAUUUGAAGUUGUCCUCGACAAAUUUCAGUAAAAUAAGUUUUUUUAAUAAAGGACUCAAUAUUAUAGACACACAAUCCUAGCCAGUCGAAAUCAGACCUGUGUGAACCCGGAUAUUCGAAAGAAGCCAGGGGAUAUUAACAAAAAUUGUCGCGACUUGCUGAAGGAAGGCAAGAAGAACAAAGGAGCUGGAUGUGAAUGGCGAGAACCGCUGACUAAAAAGUAUGAACGAGCGGGUACCUUGAGGUACGAUUUGGAAGGAAAGAUAUCUAAAGGAUGGGACAUUGAAGAGAUUACCGAGCAGUUGGGUCAGGGCAGGAACAAAAUGUGUCCUUACUUUGCGACUACUAGAUAUCUGACUAUGGAUGCCGAUAUCAUCUUCUGUCCGUUCAAUUACUUGUUGGAUCCGAUCAUUCGAACCUCUUCAGACGUGCAUCCGAAGAAUUCGGUCAUAAUAUUGGACGAAGCUCACAAUAUUGAGGAUGUUUGUCGCGAUUCAGCUUCGUUUCAAUUCAACGAAACCGAAUUGGCUAUCUCAAUGGCUGAUUUCAAAAACAAACUGGCUCGAUUGGAGCAGGAGAUUAAGCAUUAUAAGGAGGUGGCGUUUAGUGAUGAGGAUGAAACUGUCAGUUUCUUGAAUUCUUUGGAUAACAGCAUGGUUGAGGUGGGUCUUUCGGGCUAUUUGUUUGUUUUUUAAGCUGUAUUUUACUUUUUUUAUAGUGUAGAAUGUGUUAAAAAGGUUCAAGAUGGUCAUUUUUUUUUAAUUUACGUAUUUUGAAAUUUAAUUUUAAAAAAUUUUUGUGAUAGGAGAACAAAAAAAUAACGUUUAUGGUGUGAACUAUGAUAAUAUAAAGGUUGUUUUAGAUGAGUGAUCUUCUAAAAUGGUUCUACAACAUUUUUUGUGAUUUGACACACACAGCUUUAAAUGGAAGUGGACGAUCAUAUCCGAUAUCAAUGAAUCUCGAUUGGAUUAAAACCUUGGAACUAUUCAAAAUGAUACAAGAACCGAAGUUUUCUCAGGAACUGAAAACUUACUCGGUGAGUUGAAAUGGUUUUUAAAAGAGUUUUGGAAGGUAUUUUUUUGGGUUCUCUACUUUGACCGUAUUUUUCAACUUUUUUUUUUAUGUUUGGCUUAUGUGUAUUUUACAUUUAAAAGUCUUUUAACGUGAACUUCAAAGUUUGAUGCAAGAUUUUUGUAUUCACUGAAUGAACAGCGUUAUGCUAUUAUAGAAAGCUUUUGAAAUCAUAAGCGGCAAAGGCUCGGAAGCACAGAUAACGACAGUCGAAUUGGGACAAAUCAUGCCGGCUCAGAGCACAGUAGUAUGCGUCGAAAAAAUACUGUACUUUUUGUAUUUUUACAGUAAGGAUGAGAACAGAAGCUAUUACAAGUAAGUGUUCGUACAUUCUUUGAUAUGUCAUUAAAUCUUAAGUGAUAAUUUGGGGAGGGGGUCAAUUUGGGGUUUUAAAACAAGGAUAUUGUGGUAUAAGAGUGUGAUUUUUAAUAGUUUAGCUCUUAAUAAGGUCUAUUUGACCAGUUUUUUGCUGUUUAACUCUUUAUAAGGUAUAUUUCAUUAUUUUUUAAUAGUUUAGCUCUUUAGAAGGUCCACUUUAACAUAUUUUUAGAUCGAACUUGGUUAUUGACACAGUAAGAAGCAAAAUGGAUUUUCAAUCUCAGAUGAUGACACAAGAACAUAACAUUAGCUAUCUUGUGAAUGGCUGUAAUGUCACAUUGAAUCUGUGGUGCAUGCUACCUGCUGUGGUAAGGAUUUUUACUAAAUUUUGGUUUUCUAUGUUGUGAGAGGCUGCUUUUUAAUAAAAAAAUUAUUUUUUAGCUGAUUAGAUGGGUGAUUUUGGUAUGACAUAGGGUAACAAAAUUUGUUUGAUUUUAUUUAAAAGUGUCAUUUCAGUCAGCCCGAGACGCGUUCGCCAAAUGCCGAAGUGUAAUCUUGGCUUCAGGCACCCUCCACCCAAUAGAAACCUUCUCUACAGAACUCGGAAUGGACUUUAAAUUUCAAAUGGAAGGUGAUCAACUCAUCGACAAGGACCGUAUCUUUGCUACAGGACUGGCAUUUGGACCAACCAACAAAACCUUCAAGUUAACCUAUCGAGAAAUGGAAAAUGACAUUGGAAUUAAACUGGAACUGGCACGAUUAGUAUUCGAUGUUUGUCGUGUCGUACCGAACGGAGUACUAUGUUUUGUGGCGUCGUAUCGUAUGUUGGAUGACAUCAUGAACCAGCUUCAGACGUCGGGGUUGUUAAUGGAGUUGAACAAGUUUAAGGACGUGUUUCAAGAACCAAAGAACGCGAUGGAUAUGCAAGAGGUGCAGGAAGAGUACGAGAGAAGUGCACAGUUUCCGAAUAAGGGCAAGACUGGGGCUUUGAUGUUGGCUGUGUUUAGGGGAAAGGUAAGGAUUAUUUGUUCAGGUGGUUAUAAUAGUUUUUUUUCUAAAUUUUAACUAAAAUUUAUACUGUUUUAUGAAUGAUAAUAUCUUUUCCUUCACUUUAAAGGCAGAAAACAGUUUAUAAAAGGAAGACUUAACGCAAUAACUAUGAAUAAAGGCAUCAUUUAGGUAUCAGAAGGAAUCGACUUUGCCGACGACAAAGCCAGAUGUGUGAUAUCCAUCGGUAUCCCAUUCCCAAACCUAAAAGACGAACAAGUUGCUCAAAAGCGAAUCUUCAACGACGUAAACGCUAAGUCAAUGACUCUACUAUCAGGCUCGGAAUGGUAUUCAAUGCAAGCUUUUCGAGCACUAAACCAAGCUUUAGGCAGAUGCCUCAGGCACAGAAACGAUUGGGGAGCUCUGAUAUUAGUCGACGAUCGAUUCCAAAUGCCACAACCCAAGAUCUCGAAGUGGGUGAGGGAAAGAAUGAUGAGAUUUGUACAGUACUCGACAUUCCGAGAACGAUUGGUGCAGUUCGUGGAGAAACACUCGGAACAAAAGGUUAAAAUGGAAGGCAUGGAGAACAUGGAAGACAUUGUGGCUGCUGGAAGUAAGAGGAAGAGUUUGGGGAUGAGAAAGAACCCAAUGUUCAAGUAG